CCCAUGGAGGCGUAUGAACAGGUCCAGAAGGGCCCCUUGAAGCUGAAAGGUGUUACAGAGCUCGGCAUGAUGAAGUGGAAGAAGAAGGACAAAGACAAGGCCACACUGCUGGAUGCCAUGGGGACAAGUAAGAAGAGCGAGGAGGAGAAGAGGCGCUGCCUGGACAAGUGGACACCGGCGCAGGCGGCCUUCGAGAAGAUGCAGGAGAAGCAGCAAAUGGAAAGAAUCCUGAAGAAGGCAUCCAAAACCCAUCAGCAGAGAGUGGAGGACUUCAACCGACGCCUGGACACACUCACCAAGCACUAUGACAUUCCUAAAGUCAGCUGGACCAAGUAA